GUGAGCAAAACAAAAGAUUAACAGUCGAUGUGAUUAAAGAGAUAAAAAUGAAAGUUCCAGCCAAUGAAAAAGGCGAAUAUGAUCUUAAAAAACAGCAGGAAAUUAUUGAAAAAUAUAAAAUCAUUAAAGAAAUACAAAAUGAAGUAGAGAAAAGUAGAAAAGAAAUUAGCAAAUUAGUUGUAGACAUAGAGAGAAAGAGAGAGAGAAAGAGAGAGCAAAUGAAAACCGGGGGCAUAUACCUGUUUACAGUGCCUCCCAAGAUGAGAAUUCCAUAG